AUGAAGGAGAUGAUGACGCCUGACAAGCCGAAGAAGAAGAAGGAGGAGGAGAGGAAGAAGAAGGAGGUGAAGUUUCAGUUGUGCGCCUUCCCCUCCAAUAUCCGCUGUGGUGACCGCUACCCGCUCGAGGUCGCGUUCCUCAACUCUACCAACAUCGACCACCCAAAAGAGGGCAAGACCAUCAAGUGCUGCCUCACGCACACGUCCGUCGUCCAGGUGCCCCGCGCCGGCUGGUGCCUCGUCAUCGUGAUCACUGCCACCGUGAAGAGUGGUGCACCACACCCCAUUUGCCCGGAUCUACUGCCGGCGAUCGGGCACGAGUGCGGCGCACGCCUCGACAAGCCGCGCUACUCCUCUGGUCGACUCUCCACGCACAUCUCGUUUGCCAAGACACCAACACAGUUGACCGGUGAGAGCUCUUCCCAGUUCUUCCUCCAGGUGUCGAUCUUCAAGGACGCCGAGGACGUCUUCACCACCACACCCACCACCAACCUUGCCCUCGAAGAACAUCAAGCCAAACCGAUCUGCAAGGAAGCCAAACGCCGACGCUUGUACCUGAUGUACAACACCGCGUCAUCACCUGUCCAUACACUGCUCGAGGCCAAACUGCGCGCCGCCGAUGCUAUCGAGAUGUUCUUCCGCGCCGACUCGCCUCAAGGCGAUCUCUCGCUCGGCAUGCUCUUCAACACCGCCACGCAGCAGGGAAUUGUCAACCUGUUGCGCGUCAUCAAGAAGCACGACGAGGCACCGCAGCAGACGCAGUUGCCAGAGGAGAUCGAUCUGCGGCUGUACGAACGCAUACGUGGCAAGAUCAAGCGCGUCGCCGACGUUUCCUACACCGUAACGGUGAAAAGCGACCCGUAUCCGUUCUGCGCGAAGGAGACGAGCUCUCCCGAGUACAUCGCGCUUGCGAAAGAGAAGGUGCGUUAUCCUGCGGAGUCAGAGCAAGAAGACAGCGCUUGCGUCGAGGCAUGGAACAGGAGCGCUCGUCACGACGAGCUCCUCGGCUGGAUCAACGGCGAAGACGUCGCCGCUCACAUCGAACGCUGCACACACAAAGACGGCGACUACUGUUACAACAGUCUCACUGUGGAGAUCCCUGCGGUGCUCGCGUUUGUCGACCCCCUCGAACUGGCUGCGGACGGUGGCGGUGGCGAAGACAUGGGUGCCACACAUGAUCGGGAGAAGCCUGCGGGUCGUGGGCGGACAACGGAUGGUGAGAAAGAGACCGCAGAGACCGGCACCACUCCCACCAACGGCGCUGCUGCUCUAGCCGAGGCCAAAGAUGUGUACGCGCUAUUGUCUUGUUUGCGGACAACUUUAUAA